AUUGGAGGAAUCUGACGGCUCGCUAGAACACUCGCGAAUAUUCCCGCCCUCUAGUUGUAAUGCUCGUCAGUGAUUGGCUGGUUCUGCAGGGAACACUCGGGAAUGUUCGGGAUGUUGCUAGGCGAUGCAGGGAGCGUGGUGAGGAGGGCGCUGUGAUUGGUUAGGAGGCCGGUGAGGUGUCUGCACUGUACACAGAUAUAUAGAGACCGUGCAGUGCGGAGGAGCAGUCACUGAUAACACUCGCUAUCUGACACACGAGCUGCAAAGAGCAACUUCAGGAGAAGCUCCACACGGCUGAGCCGAUCACUGAGAAGCCGAUCACUGCACUCCUUCCCGAUCACUGCACUCAUUCCCGAUCACUGCACUCAUUCCCGAUCACUGCACUCAUUCCCCGAUCACUUCCAGCACACUCAUCCUGAGAGAAGAUGGCAUCUAAAGGAGUGGCCAUUGGCAUUGACCUGGGCACCACCUACUCCUGUGUGGGGGUCUUCCAGCACGGCAAGGUGGAGAUCAUCGCCAACGACCAGGGAAACCGCACCACCCCCAGCUACGUGGCCUUCACCGACACCGAGAGACUGAUCGGAGACGCCGCCAAGAACCAGGUGGCCCUCAACCCCCAGAACACCGUCUUUGAUGCCAAGAGGCUGAUUGGCAGGAAGUUUGAUGACCCCGUUGUGCAGAGUGACAUGAAGCACUGGCCCUUCCAGGUGGUGAGCGAUGGGGGAAAGCCCAAGGUGAAGGUGGAGUAUAAAGGAGAGCAGAAGACUUUCUCCCCUGAGGAGAUCUCCUCUAUGGUGCUGCUGAAGAUGAAGGAGACCGCAGAGGCUUACCUGGGCCAUCCCGUCACCAAUGCCGUCAUCACUGUGCCAGCCUACUUCAACGACUCCCAGCGACAGGCCACCAAAGACGCCGGGGUCAUCGCUGGACUCAACGUGCUGAGGAUCAUCAAUGAGCCUACAGCAGCCGCCAUCGCAUAUGGCCUGGACAAGGGAUCCCGCGGGGAGCGCAACGUCCUCAUUUUCGACCUGGGAGGUGGCACCUUUGAUGUCUCCAUCCUCACCAUCGAUGAUGGCAUCUUUGAGGUAAAGGCCACAGCGGGUGACACUCAUCUGGGUGGAGAGGACUUUGAUAACAGAAUGGUUAAUCACUUUGUGGAAGAAUUCAAACGCAAACAUAAGAAGGACAUUACCCAAAACAAGCGGGCCCUGAGGAGACUGAGGACAGCCUGUGAGAGAGCCAAGCGCACCCUGUCCUCCAGCACCCAGGCAAGCAUCGAGAUCGACUCCUUGUAUGAGGGCAUUGACUUCUACACCUCCAUCACUAGAGCCCGCUUUGAGGAGCUGUGUUCUGACCUCUUCCGUGGUACCCUGGAGCCUGUGGAGAAAGCCCUGCGAGAUGCCAAGCUAGACAAGUCACAGAUCCAUGAAAUUGUCCUAGUGGGGGGCUCCACACGUAUCCCCAAGGUGCAGAAGCUGCUGCAGGACUUCUUCAAUGGCCGAGAACUGAACAAGAGCAUCAAUCCAGAUGAAGCUGUGGCCUUUGGGGCUGCAGUCCAGGCCGCCAUCCUCAUGGGAGACAAGUCUGAGAAUGUGCAGGACCUUCUUCUACUAGAUGUGGCUCCUCUGUCUUUGGGUCUGGAGACAGCUGGAGGUGUCAUGACUGUCCUCAUCAAACGCAACACCACCAUCCCCACCAAACAGACCCAAGUAUUCAGCACAUACUCCGACAACCAGCCAGGUGUCCUCAUUCAGGUGUAUGAGGGUGAGAGAGCCAUGACCAAGGACAAUAAUCUGUUGGGCAAAUUUGACCUGAAUGGAAUCCCCCCUGCUCCCCGAGGUGUUCCCCAAAUUGAGGUGACCUUUGAUAUAGACGCCAAUGGUAUCCUCAAUGUGUCUGCUGUGGACAAGAGCUCAGGCAAACAGAACAAGAUCACAAUAACCAACGACAAAGGCCGACUAAGCAAAGAGGAGAUCGAGAAGAUGGUGCAAGAUGCUGAGAAGUACAAAGCAGAUGAUGAUGCACAGAGAGAGAAAGUUGCUGCCAAAAACGCCCUGGAGUCCUAUACCUUCAGCAUUAAGAGUAUGGUGGAAGACGAGAACAUGAAGGGGAAGAUUAGUGAUGAAGACAAGAGGAUCAUCUCCGACAAGUGUAAGGAAACCAUCGCCUGGCUGGAGAGCAACCAACUGGCUGAGAAAGAGGAGUAUACCCAUAAGCAGAAGGAGCUGGAGAAGGUGUGCCAACCCAUCAUCACCAAGCUGUACCAGGGAGGUAUGCCAGGGGGAAUGCCAGGAGGUAUGCCCGGUGCUAGCUGUGGUGCACAGGCCAGACAAGGUGGCAGCUCUGGGCCCACCAUUGAGGAGGUGGAUUAAGAACUCUUAUAAAAUGGACAUGGACUCAAUGUUAAGGUUUUAUUACAAACUGGUUUCACUUUCAAUGUUCAUACCUCAAUGCCUGUUAUGAAUUGUUUACACUAAGAGACUUUCUAUAGAGUAAUUGUAAAUUUUUAGCAGUUUAUACACGAAGAUGUUUAUAUCUAUACUGCUGGUUACAGUCCUGAUAUGUCUCAUGUUUUUGUAAAAAUUUCAUAAAUGACCUUAUUAUUUUGCCUUAAUAAAUGUCUGUUAU